AUGGCGGGGCAACUAUUUGCGACACCUUGUCGGAGGAAAGACUAUAGCGGGGCAACUAUUUGCAACACCUUGUCGGAGAAAAGACUAUGGCGGGGCAACUAUUUGCGACACCUUGCCGGAGGAAAGACUAUGGCGGGGCUACUAUUUGCAACACCUUGUCGGAGAAAAGACUAUGGCGGGGCAACUAUUUGCGACACCUUGUCGGAGGAAAGACUAUGGCGGGGCGACUAUUUGCAACACCUUGUCGGAGGAAAGACUAUGGCGGGGCGACUAUUUGCAACACCUUGUCGGAGAAAAGACUAUGGCGGGGCGACUAUUUGCGACACCUUGUCGGAGGAAAGACUAUGGCGGGGCAACUAUUUGCGACACCUUGUCGGAGGAAAGACUAUGGCGGGGCGACUAUUUGCGACAUCUUGCCGCGGGAAAGACUAUGGCGGGGCAACUAUUUGCAACACCUUGUCGGAGGAAAGACUAUGGCGGUGCAACUAUUUGCAACACCUUGUCGGAGGAAAGACUAUGGCGGGGCAACUAUUUGCAACACCUUGUCGGAGAAAAGACUAUGGCAGGGCAACUAUUUGCGACACCUUGCGGUCGGAAGGUAAAGACUAUGGCGGGGCAACUAUUUGCAACACCUUGUCGGAGAAAAGACUAUGGCGGGGCGACUAUUUGCGACACCUUGUCGGAGGAAAGACUAUGGCGGGGCAACUAUUUGCGACACCUUGA